CCUCUUCGCUUCCCCUAGUCACUCGCUGAGAAGUUUGCGUGUCGGUGGAGAAACGACCUGCUGAAUGAAAACGGUCUACGUCAAGAGAUGACACACGUCUUUGUUAGUGGAUUAGGCAUUAACAUGGUGUCCAUGCAGACCAGCAAGGACACACUGGAGAGGAAUGUUCCUUUAAUACGCCUGGAGAAUGAUGCUGACCUGAGGGAAAUCUAUGAAUUCGGAAGGAAAUUGGGUCAAGGUAGCUUUGGAGUUGUUUAUGAAGCCACCCAUAUUGAGACGCAGACAAAAUGGGCUAUUAAGGAGGUUUGCAGACCAGCGGCAGGAAGUUGGAAAGCCAAGAUGCUGGGUCAUGAGAUAAACAUUCUCAAACAAGUGAAUCAUGCUCAUAUAAUACAUCUCCACGAAGUGUACCACACGGCUAAGAUGACAUAUUUGGUUACUGAGCUGUGUGUUGGCGGUGAACUGAAGCAGCUGUUGCAGCGGAAAAAGUUCCUUACAGAGGACGAGACGAGGCAUAUCAUCCAUAGCUUAGCUGACGCCGUUGUCUACCUUCACAAAAGAGACAUAGUGCAUCGGGACUUGAAACUUGAGAACAUUCUCGUGAAGAAUGAUCUUGAUGAGGAUGAUAAUGGCAGAAUUAAUAUCAAGGUGACAGACUUUGGAUUAUCGGUGAAGACAGGUGGUGUAGGGAUUGAGAACAUAAUGACGGAGGCGUGUGGGACUCUAAUCUAUAUGGCACCUGAAAUGAUGAGCGGUCGUGGUUACAGCCAGUGGUGUGAUGUGUGGAGCAUAGGAGUCGUUAUGUUCAUUUUGCUGUGUGGGGAGCCUCCGUUUGUGUCCAAAACACAGGCAAAUCUACUUCAGGAGAUUAUGAACAAAGAAGUCAAAUUUACUCAACACAUCUGGGCCACAGUCAGUGAUGCAGCAAAAAAUCUUUUGACUUGCCUUCUAAAGGCGGACCCUGCCUACCGCAUGUCCGCUAAUCAGCUACUAGAAAACCCCUGGAUUACAGGUGACACCAAUGUGCCUGCUAUGCCGUCCAAUGUGCUGGAGAUGAUGCGCAACCACCUGGAACAGAAAGAGACAAUAGGAACACAGACUCUGGAGGACUUGUCCCUCACCUCAUGUGAGGGCACACUGGACCAAUCCCCGCUCCCCAGCGUAGUUUCAACAGAAACAGACAGCAACUGCAGGAGCCACCCUGAGGAAGACAGCAGCUUCUGCACACCCUGCACGUCCACUAAACCGACUAAAGAGGGUGGUGGCGUCCUUCAGAGGGACCAGCGAAAAAACGUCUCAGAAACCUCAGGACCGCUUCAGCACACCACACAGCAGACUCAUGCUGGGGUGAAACCCACUGCACAGCUGAGUGCAAAGCAGCACCGUCCUCGGGACAAGAAAGACGUCAGUACAGAACAGAAACCAGCCUCUGAACUCAGUAAGGCAGACGACCAGAGACCUUCUACCUCCAGUAAAAGUAGGACUGCUCCCCGCAAACUCUAAGACCAAAACCCCUUCAGAUGUUUUAAGGUCAUAUCACUUGAGAAAGAGAGAGAACACUAGUGAGAACACAAAGUGAGCACACUAGUGUUUUUCUCUCUUGUAUGCUCAAUUUCUUUUGGGCAAAAUAAGUGAAAAUACAAGAGACAAAAACUAAACUAGUAAGUGAACUUGAUAUACACUUUAUUUAAGCCGGGGAUGGUGCAACUUUUGGUCGUAACCAGGGACUAAGCAGUGACAGCAGUGUCAAAUAAAUGGGCCUCAUAUGUAGGUUUGGAAAAUAGUACAAGAAGUCCAGGACCACUGCAGCUCAGGGUCCAGCCUCAGAGGUGCCUUGUGCCAAAGAGAAGGGCCCAGGUCUGAGGUGUUACCCAGAUGGGGCCAAACUGCUGGCAAAUGCUUAUUGUUGCACAGCCAACUUUAUGUCAUGCAGUCCAAAUACAGACACACUUUUUUGUAGUGGCAUGCAUUCAGAUUGAAUGAGUUUGUCAUGACUGGUAGAAUCUGAUUGAAGGCUUUUAUUAUAAAGAGUUACCUAGAAUAUUUGAGCAUAGCACAGCUCAUUCCUUAAUAAAACCUGUUAUUUGAUUUACUACCUAG